GAAGAUUUGAUUUUUUUUUAGUCACUCUUCUUCUCUCUCACACACACAACAACGCAAUAAAAAAAAAGCUAAAUUUCGAAUUUUUGUCUACCGAGUUUUCAUUCAUUUGGUGAUGCAAUUACUCUAAUUUCGAGCUUAGAGAGAGAGACAAUAUAGAUCCUUUGAUUCUUUGUAUCCAAAACAUUUUAACUUUUGUUUUUCUUCUGUUCCUCUUAUCAAAUCAAUGGCGAAUGCAUCUGGGUUCUUCACUCAUCCUUCAAUUCCUAACUUACGAAGCAGAAUCCAUGUUCCGAUUAGAGUUUCUGGAUCUGGGUUUUGCGUUUCGAGUCGAUUCUCCAAAAGGGUUUUGUGCUCUAGCGUCAGCUCUAUUGAUAAGCAUGCUUCGUCGUCUCCUUCAGAAUAUCAACGACCCAGGCUAGUACCGAGUGGCUGCAAAUUGAUUGGAUGUGGUUCAGCAGUUCCAAGUCUUCUGAUUUCUAAUGAUGAUCUUGCAAAAAUAGUCGAUACUAAUGAUGAAUGGAUAGCUACUCGUACUGGUAUUCGCAACCGUCGAGUUGUCUCAGGCAAAGAUAGCUUGGUUGGGUUAGCAGUAGAAGCAGCAACCAAAGCCCUUGAAAUGGCUGAGGUUGUUCCUGAAGAUAUUGACUUAGUCUUGAUGUGUACUUCCACUCCUGAUGAUCUAUUCGGUGCUGCUCCACAGAUUCAAAAGGCACUUGGUUGCACAAAGAACCCAUUGGCUUACGAUAUCACAGCUGCUUGUAGUGGAUUUGUUUUGGGUCUAGUUUCAGCUGCUUGUCAUAUAAGGGGAGGCGGUUUUAAGAAUGUUUUAGUGAUCGGAGCUGAUUCGUUGUCUCGGUUUGUUGAUUGGACGGAUAGAGGGACUUGCAUUUUAUUUGGGGACGCUGCUGGUGCUGUGGUUGUUCAGGCUUGUGAUAUUGAAGAUGAUGGUUUGUUCAGUUUUGAUGUGCAUAGCGAUGGGGACGGUCGAAGACAUUUGAAUGCUUCUGUUAAAGAAUCCCAAAACGAUGGUGAAUCGAGCUCCAAUGGCUCGGUGUUUGGAGACUUUCCACCAAAACAAUCUUCAUAUUCUUGUAUUCAGAUGAAUGGAAAAGAGGUAUUUCGCUUUGCUGUCAAAUGUGUUCCUCAAUCUAUUGAGUCUGCUUUGCAAAAAGCCGGUCUUCCUGCUUCUGCCAUCGACUGGCUCCUCCUCCAUCAGGCGAACCAGAGAAUAAUAGACUCUGUGGCUACAAGGCUGCAUUUCCCACCAGAGCGAGUCAUAUCGAAUUUGGCUAAUUACGGUAACACGAGUGCUGCUUCGAUUCCUCUAGCUCUUGAUGAGGCGGUGAGAAGCGGAAAAGUUAAACCUGGACAUACCAUAGCAACAUCCGGCGUUCUUAAUUUCCAAAGAGGUUUUCAACCGCAAGACACGGAUAUAAUCCUCGCUUCUUUCCCCAAAUCAGGCACUACUUGGCUCAAAGCCCUCACGGUUGCCCUCCUGGAAAGAUUGAAGAACCGUUCUUCUGAUGAUCAUCAUCUUCUCCUAACUGAUAAUCCUCAUGGAAUUGUUCCAUUCUUUGAGAUCGAUAUGUAUAACGAAAGCUCAAGUCCUGACUUGGCCAAGUUCUCAUCAUUUCCGAGGUUGUUCCUUACUCAUAUGCCACUAACCGCGAUGCACGAAACCCUCAAGGAAUCUCCUUGCAAGAUUGUCGGAACCGUCUAUUAUGGACCUUUUUGGGAACAUCACUUGAGCUAUUGGAAAGGAAGCUUGGAAAACCAUAACCAUGUUCUAUUCAUGAGGUACGAGGAGAUGAAAUCAAAGCCUCGUGAUCAGAUCAAGAGACUUGCCGACUUCUUGGAUUGUCCUUUUACUAAAGAAGAAGAAGAGAGCGGAUCGGUGGACGAGAUCUUGGACCUUUGUUCUCUGCGUAACCUAAGCAGUUUGGAGAUUAACAAAACCCAAAAAACAAACAACGUGGAUCACAAGAGUUAUUUCCGUAAAGGGGAAGUCGGUGAUUGGAAGAACUAUCUUACUCCUGAAAUGGAGAACAAGAUAGACAUGAUCAUCCAAGAGAAACUUCAAGGUUCUGGUUUGAAAUUCUAGAGGUAUAUAUAUGAUGUUUUGUGUUUUCUUUGAUGCUUAAUAUAUAAGAGUACCCUUUCGCUGUCAUGUUCCUUAGUAAUGUAUUUUGAUUGUUGAUUUGAUGUAUAAAUUUAAACUGUCAAA